AUGUCAGCUCGGUUUCGAAUGUCGUCAUCGUCGUCGUUGGCGGCGUCAUUUACGAUGGAACAAGCAGAUGAUGUUUCCACCACAAUACAAGAGGAUCAAACUCUGUUGUCGGGAGCACAAUCCGAGCUGAACCAAGCAAUUCCAUGUAAAGAUAUUCAAGUCGAAGCUCCUUCGGAUUUGCCUGGUGGCUAUCAAAUGGAAACAGAGGUCAAUGGGAGACCGAUACUUGUGACAAUCCCCAAGGGAGGGGUAAUUGAAGGCGAACUCUUUACUCCUGCGGCUGCCACGGAACUGACGGAUAUUUUUCUAAGUCAAAGAGGUCCCAAGGGAGAUGCUUCCGGCCUUCCUAUGGGGCAUUGGCGGGAUGGAUUUUGGCGGAUAUGUGCACAUGGACCCUGCCAUGUUACCCUUUGGAAUUCCGUGUGCUGUCCUCUGUUGGCAGCGGGGCAGGUGAUUACGCGGCUGCAACUAACUUGGUACGGUGCCCCUGCCGCCAACAUUGCUCAAGUUUCCGUGGCAUUUCAAACCAUUGUCAUGAUUCUAUUCGCCUAUUACAGCGUCCGCGCGGUUCUAUUUUUCAUCUACGCCUAUCUGGACCCCAAUGCCAAUCCAAAAGAACAAUUGUACAUUGAACCACCAUCUUCGUACUUUUUCUUCACGGCAUUGGAUGAUCUCUUGUUUUACAUGCACGUGGCCUUUCUUGUGGUGGUAUUGCGCAACAUUCGCAGUCACAUGCGGGCUCGAUUCUCCAUUCCAGACUCGGAAAAUGUGUGUUGUCCCCAUUCCGGAUGCGAAGAUGUCUGUUGCAGUCUGAUCUGUCCCUGCUUUACCGUGUCACAAAUGUUGCGACAUACGGCCGAUUAUCGAGACCAGCACGGGGUUUGUUGCAACUCGACUGGGUUGGUCCAAGAAUCUCCUGCAACGUUCGUCAAGGACGCCCCUUCCAUUGUCUGA